AUGCAUUCAUUUGGUGGAUUUUGUCCCGGUUUCACUGAGAGCCACAUGAAAUGGGAUCGAGAAAGGUUACUUGUGGAUCCACUUGCCUGCCAGAUUUCUGAGAGGACCGCAAAGAUCACUUUUUUGUGUUAUCCGAGUCAAUCCUUUCCAGCCUCAAGUCCCAUCAACAUGCUGUCUCCCCAUCCAUGUUUUCUGACAUCAUUCAAUUCUAUGACAAUGCAGGACUGCCUGAGGAAGCACUUAAAAACUUUUUAUAAAAUUCUUGAAUUCAACAUAAAGCCUCUUGUGAAACACCUCAGCUGCAUUCUUGAAAUCCUCGUUGCUUAUCGUAACUUCCUCCAGGCUGCAUUCGAUCUUUUCUGGAUGAAAGUAAAGGGAUGCAAUCCUGAUAUCGUUCAUUACAAUACAGUCAUUUUGGGCCGUGCUAGUGAUGCCUGUAAGGUUCUUGAAGAUAUGCCCUCAAAUGGGUGCUUGCCAAUUUUGGUGUCAUAUCGGACUGUAGUCCUGGGGUGUUGUGCAGUCAGGGCAGGUUUUUGUAACAUGGGUGAAAUUGAGGAUGCUAGUGAAGUGUUACGUGAGAUGUUGAGGCAUGGCGGAAAUCCACACAUCGAAUCUUGGGCUGAAAUUAUACCAAAGAUUUGUGCUGUAGAUGACACAGAGAUAAUAAGGGAUAUCCUAAAAGAGGUAUUGAAGGUGGAGAUAAAGCCUGACACCAGAAUAGUUGAGAUUGGUGCUGGCUUGGAGGAAUAUUUGAUAAAAAUGACACAAAUUAGAUCAAGAAUACAUUGA